UUUGUCUUUGCCGUGUUUUGACCUCAAACCUUCUUCUUGACACACACACGAACACAUAUAUACAUAUGAAGGAGAUACAAUACUAAUUCCCAGAAAUUUCGGGUUUACGUGUCGCUUUUAUUAUAUGUUUUUUUUUCUUCUUUGUGAUUUUGAUUGUUCAAGAAGAAGUUUUUGUGUUAUCAUUAAUUUACUUGAGAAAAACUCGAAUGCUCUGUUUUGUUUUCUCGAGAAAUUUUUCAGACUAAGAGAAUAAAAACAGAGAGAAGAAAGAUGAGAAGCGGUGCGAGUGGUGGAAACAACGUGUUGGAUACUAUAAACGCAGCUGCUUCAGCUAUCGCUUCCUCUGAUGAUCGUCUUCUUCAAUCUUCUCCGAUUCAUAAGAGAAAAUGGUGGAAUCGAUGGAGUCUAUUGAAAUGUUUCAGAUCUUCAAGACAAAGAAACCGAAUAGGAAACUCGGUUCUUGUUCCUGAACCGGUAUCAAUAUCUUCAAAUUCAACAUCUAAUUCCGGUUAUCGUUCGGUUAUCACAACACUUCCUUUUAUAGCACCACCUUCAUCUCCAGCUUCGUUUUUCCAAUCAGAACCAACUUCAGCUACACAAUCACCCGUUGGAAUCCUCUCUUUUAGUCCUUUGCCUUGUAAUAACAACCGUCCUUCGAUCUUCGCCAUUGGACCUUACGCUCACGAACCUCAAUUGGUUUCUCCUCCGGUUUUCUCAACUUACACUACUGAACCAUCUUCAGCUCCCAUCACACCUCCUCUUCUUGAUGACUCAUCUAUCUACUUAACCACUACAACACCUUCUUCACCUGAAGUGCCUUUCGCGCAGCUCUUUAACUCCAAUCAUCAAGACUGUCGUAAUAAGUUCCCAAUGUCGUCGUCUAGUUAUGAGUUUCAGUUUUACCAACUUCCCCCUGGUAGUCCACUUGUUGGUCAGCUUAUUUCCCCUAGCUCUGUUGUGUCCGGUUCUGGUCCAACGUCUCCUUUCCCCGAUGGAGAAACCUCUCUGUUCCCUCACUUCCAAGUCUCUGAUCCUCCAAUGUUGUUGAGUCCUGGUAGAUUGCAUUAUCCAAAGAAGACUGUUACGAAAGAGCAGAAGUUUGUGAGACCGCAUAAACCUGUUUCGUUCGAUCUUGAUGCGGAUCAUGUCAUUAGAUGCGUGGAUCAGAAGCUAAGAACAACGUUCCCUGAAGCAUCAUCAUCGGAUCCAGAAGCAAUGAAUCAUUCCUCUCUCGGGUCGAACAAGGAAUUCGAUUUUGGCACGGAUGAGAAACAUAUGACCGUUGAUGAACAUAGAGCUUCGCCGAAGAACAGCAACGAUUGGUCUUUCUUCCCUGUGAUGCAGUCAGUCACUAGAUACAAGGGAAACACCAAAAACCGAAACUCAAUCAAGGCCUUCAUUAUAUAACCAACUUGAAGCACACACGUUAGCAAUAAGAAAACAAACUCUUUCGUCGCCAUGAAACUCAAGGGACGAGAAUGUAACAGUACAAGUGAUCACUCAGAUUCGAUCCCUGAUGAUAUGACGUUGGAGAUUCUUGGUAGAUUGCCCGGAAAAUCCCUUAUGAAGUUCCAAUACUUAUCUAAAUUUUGGUUUUCGAUAAUCCGAAGUCAAAGAUUCAUCGAUUCCUUCUUCUCUAGGUCGUUGAACCGCGGUCCACGCCUACUAAUCACUUUCAAGAACGGUGAACUCAUCAGUAGGAAUACUCAGAAGCGUUUGUUCUUCUUCUCAGCUUCAAGAGAGGGGGAGCAAAAGUCUUCUUCAACUUUGGUAGCUAAUCUCGACAUGACAAUAGCUUCCACGGUUAAUUAUUGCUACACACGAGGUACUUUGGUUCAUGGCUUUCUAUGUUGCUCACAUCAAGGUCGGUUCUUGAUAUGUAACCCUACCACGAGACAAAUUGUAACAUUACCAGAACCUGGAGAUAAUAAUAAGUUAACUUUUAAAUACUUGGGAUACGAGCCGGUGGAUGAUCAAUACAAAGCAUUGUGCAUGAUGUUUUCUCGGGGCGAUUUUGGUGAUGUAGAGCACAAGGUUUUAACACUAAGAAGAGGUGAUACUAAAAACCUUUCAUGGCGGGAAAUCAAAGACAAUACCGAGCCUUAUGGUCCUUCAACGAAAGGAAUAUGCAUCGACGGAAUUGUCUAUUACGGUGCUACAAGACCAAAUAAUAGGGAUAAGGUUAUAGUUUGUUUUGAUGUUAGGUUUGAGAAGAUUAGUUUGAUCAAUCCACCUUUUAACGAGGAAAUGUGGGACCAUGGUGCAGACUUGAUGAACUACAAAGGGAAGUUAGCCUUUGUUGGCUUAGCCGACGAUUUUUAUAAUAACCAAAUGAUUAUAUUAUGGAUACUAGACAAUGUUGAAAAACAUGAAUGGUCAAAGAUAACAUGUCAGCUUCGGGGGUCUGGGUUGUGUCAUAGUAAGAUACGUUCAUAUUCCUUCACAGGCAGCAGUAAAACCGGCGAGAUCAUUCUGGCUCCACAAUUGUUGUCACGCAAACUUGAACCUUUCUACAUUCUCUAUUAUAAUGUAACAAGCCAAGGCAUCAGAAGGGUUAGGCUUGAAGGAAUUGCAGAUAAUGAAGAGUUCAGGCGUCGUUAUG